UCAAGCGCCCAUUAUCCCCAACUUUCCGAUUUCGUCAGAAGCAGAUGGGCAGUCGGUAAUAUAAUAAAAAUGGAUCUAUACGAAGAUGAUACAGAGUCAGAUAUUGUUGAGCAGGACUUAUUCAAACCAGAAUACAAAAAAUAUAAGAGGAAAGAUAGACAACUUGAACUGAAUGACGUGAUCGACUUUACCUAUGAAACCAAUCUGGACAAAGUUGAAGAAAUAUCCUUACAAGAGUCUCAACAUCCUGCAGUGAGAGGAUUAAAACCAGUGAAAGAGUGGAAAAGUUAUGCAAUCAAAGGAUUUCCAGGGUUCAUCUUCAUUCAAAAUCCUUUUGAGGAUGGAAACCAGAGAUAUUGGAUUGAACGAUGUGUUCUUGACUAUCCCAAUAAGCCUAGCAAGACUAUUUUGGACAACUUGGUGGACAUGAGCAAUAUAGAUGAUAUUUGGUUCUUCAGCCAGAAUCAGUCUGACAAAAACAUCACUGGUAAAGACAGUCUCAUUAUGAAGCUUAGAUGGGCAACUAUGGGAUAUAAUUAUGAAUGGAAUUCAAGAGCCUACUAUGAUGAGAUGAAGUCCUCUUUUCCCUGUGAUCUGCAUGAACUGUGUCGCUACAUUGCCUCCACCAUUGGUUACCACCAUUUCUCGGCAGAGACGGCCAUUGUGAACUACUAUCACAUGUCUGGAGAUAUGGGGCCUCACAAAGACAUCUCAGAAAUUGACCAUGAUGCUCCUCUUCUUUCUUUUAGUUUUGGUCAGGAUGCUCUGUUCUUGCUUGGUGGAUUGACAAAAGCCACAAAACCCGUCUGUCUCUCUCUACACAGUGGCGACGUGUGCAUCAUGUAUGGGGACUGUCGACUUGUGUACCACGCUGUACCCCGUAUUCUGCCAGCAAGUCUUGAAUCCCUCAAACACCGCUUCAAUUUUAGCAGUACAUCAGACAUUUGUGAAAACAAAAGUCCGAAGGAAAUAGACAUAUCCUCUCAAGAAGUGUGUGAAGUCAAAGCAACAAGUAGACAGGGUGUGAACUGGGAAUUGUUUGAUCAAUAUUUACAAUGUACAAGAAUAAAUAUGAAUGUCAGACAAGUAUUACCACCCGGAGGGAUGAACAUCGCAGAUUUCCCCCCACCUGUCUGUCCAUCAAUGAAUUGCAGCAAAGAAGGGAAAAAGUAGAAACCAACAAAACAUUGUGAAAAUUCAUUGUUAUGAUUCUUUGAUGAGUUUCAAAGUUAUUAAUAAUAAACAACAACAACAAAAAAGACUGAUUACCUGGCUGUCAAUGUUUGAAUGUGUUCUCCUGUUUCUGUGAACACAAUACAUGUACAUAUGUAAUGAAA